AUGCGCCCGCUAGUCUUCCCGUUUCUCCUCGCUCUCUUUGGGUUGCUGUCGGUCCACGCGGAGGGUGAUGCCGGAGUCACUUUCGAGGAUGUAAGGGACAAAUUGCCCAAGGUUUAUAGCGGGCAGGCCGAGGAAUCCGCGCCAAAAUAUUUUCAGGAAUCUUCCUUUCACUAUCAUUAUGACGGGCGAUUUGCGGAGGAACCGCUCCCCGAUAACGAAACGCUUCCAUAUUUAUCCGCACUCAUCCAAACAUACUUAUCGACGAUGGCUGACCUUCGUGCCGAAACCUGGAUAAUGCAUGGCUCACUUCUGGCUUGGUGGUGGAAUCAAAAGAUAUUUCCGUGGGAUAGCGAUCUCGACGUCCAGAUUAAUGAGCCUGUAAUUCACUUCCUUGCCGACUACUACAACAUGACUGCGCAUCAUUUCGACCUUCCUGAUGUCGAAGGUGGGCGGACAUAUAUUCUGGAAAUCAACCCUUACUAUGUCAUUCGAUCAAAAUCGGAUACAGCGAACGUUAUUGACGGAAGGUGGAUUGACACUUCGUCCGGAUUAUUUAUCGACAUCACAGCUGUGCGGACAGAUGAUGAGCGCCGAGAAAACGGCGAACCUGGAGCUCUGAUGUGCAAGGACUACCAUAAUUUCGAUGAGUCCGAAAUAUACCCACUCAGAAACACCUACUUCGAAGGGGUCCCCGCGAAAAUCCCAUAUGCAUACACGAAGCUUCUUCAAGACGAGUACGGCGCGAAAGCCCUGACCAAAACCAACUACCAAGGCCACAAAUUCAACGGAAAGACUAGUAUAUGGGAGAAGAUCCAAAACAAUAGAUUAUUGGCGCGACGUCGGAAGGUCCCCGAGAUCCCAGUUCGAACCACACCACUUAAACAUUUAUAUGACAGCAAUGUCAACUAA